AUGGCUGGCGCCGGCGACGUGGAUGCCGAUGCGGUGCUCAGCGACGUCGAGGACGACGGCGGUGAUCCGAUUCCGAUUAUAACUAAUUCUCAAACCUCGGAUGACGUGUCUGUUGAAAGACUCCGCGAGAUUCUCGCUGAGCUUGAUCGGGAAAAGCAGGCGCGGCUCGCUGCUGAGAAAGCGAAGUCGGAGUUACAGACUUCUUUCAACCGAUUGAAGGUGCUGGCUCAAGAGGCUAUAAGGAAACGGGACGAGUUUGGCCGGCUGCGGGAUGAGGCUGUUCGGGAGAAGGAAGAGGCGGCGAAGCAGCUAGAAGAGUCUGCGAUGGAGCGGCAAUCGUUGCGAUCGGAGAUUGAGAAAUCGAGUCAUAUGAUGGUUACUGGAAUUGAGAAGAUUUCCGCCAAAGUGAACGGUUUUGGAGGCAGUGGAAGUGCGUUGCCGCGGUCGCAGAAAUAUACUGGCAUGGCCGCGGUGACUUAUGGUGUUAUAAAGAGGGCGAAUGAGAUUGUUGAAGAGUUGUUGAAACAGAAUGAUGCAAGUGUUAAGUCUAGGGACCAAGCUAGGGAACAGGUGGAGCAGAGGAAUUACGAGAUUGCGAUUGAGGUUUCUCAGUUGGAAGCAACCAUCAGUGACUUGAGGGAUGAGGUUGCAAAGAAAACCUCUCUUGUGGAGGGUUUGGAGAGGGAUUUGGCUAUUAGGGAUGAGAAGUUGGAUGAGGUUUCUGAGAGUUUAAGGCAGGAAGAGAGUGAGGGUUUGCAGUUGAAGGAGCUCGUUAGUGAGUAUGAAGACAAGUUGAGUAAUUUAGAAUCCAGUAUGGAAUCAUUGAGGCCUUUGUUGAUUGAUCAGUUGAGCUUUGUGUCCAAGAUACACAACCAGAUUUGCAGUGUUUAUAAGAUCAUUGAUGAUGCUGGUAAUUCGGAACUGUCUGAAUCUUUGUUUGUACCGCAAGAAACAGAGAUUGGAGAGAAUAUACGUGCAUCUUUAGCUGGAAUGGAAUCCAUACAUGAGUUGACUAGGAUUGUUGUUCAAAAAGUUAGGGAUGUGGUUGAGGAGAAGAAUAGUGAGAUCAAGAGUUUAAAUGAGACUGUGAAUAGGUUAGUUAAGGAAAAGGAUCAAAUUGGUUCUUUGCUUAGGAGUGCUUUGUCAAAGAGGAUGACAUCUGAUCCGUCUUCUAAGAAAAGUGAGCUGUUUUUAGCCGCGGAAAAUGGGUUGAGGGAAGCUGGGAUAGAUUUCAAAUUUAGUAAGCUUCUUGGAGAUGAAAAGCUUGAAGCCUCAAAAGAAGAGGAUGAAAUAUACUCUUUGGCUGGUGCUCUGGAGGAUGUUGUUAAGGCAUCUCAGCUUGAGAUCAUUGAGCUGCAGUAUACUGUAAAUGAAUUAAGGGCAGAGUUGAGUUUACUUAAGCAGCACAUUGAAGCUCAGGCCAAAGAACUUGACCAUAGAAUGCACCGGGUAGAGGAACUUGAAGAGAAGGAAAGAGUGGCAAAUGAAAAUAUUGAAGGGCUAAUGAUGGACAUUGCGGCUGCUGAAGAAGAAAUUAACAGAUGGAAAGUGGCAGCAGAGCAAGAAGCUGCUGCAGGCACAGGUGUUGAACAAGAAUUUGUGGCACAGCUGUCAACACUUAAGCAAGAACUUGAAGAGGCAAAGCAAUCCAUGUUGGAAUCAGAGAAGAAAUUGAAAUUCAAAGAAGAAACAGCAGCUGCUGCCAUGGCAGCCAGAGAUGCAGCAGAGAAAUCUCUCAAGCUGGCAGACUUGAGGUCUUCUAGACUAAGGGACAGGGUGGAGGAGCUCACUCAUCAGCUCGAAGAGUUUGAGAACAGAGAAGACUCGAGGGGCCGAAAUAGGCCUCGAUAUGUGUGCUGGCCAUGGCAAUGGCUUGGUAUGGACUUUGUUGGAAUUCAGCAACGGUCUGAUACACAACAGCAUACAGCUUCUAACGAAAUGGAGCUUUCUGAACCUCUCUUAUAA